AAGGGAGGAUUCAUGUCUCUACAAUCAAUGGCUCUGGAAGAGUCGAGAGUAGCUUCAAUGAUAUGAGUCUUUCUAGCAGUGGGAGUGGUUUUGGAAGUGGUUCUGGGUUUGGAUUGAACACUGAUGUUGACUCGUACUCUAGCAAGUCAAAGGGUCGUCCACCCUCAUCUGCUACUGCACCCGCUAAAGGUCUUGGCAUGCAACUUGGUAAAACUCAAAGGACAAACCAGUUUUUGGAGUCUCUGAAGGCAGAAGGUGAAGUCAUCAAUGAAGAUGUGCAACCGAGCACAGGUCAAGUAAGAGCUGUUGCAGCACCACUAACUGACCCGAUCACUCUUACUGUUGAAGAGAAGCUGAAUGUUACACUGAAACGGGAUGGUGGAAUCAGCAACUUUGAUGUUCAAGGACAAUUGUCACUUCAGAUUCUUAACCAGGAAGAUGGGCUGAUCCAAGUUCAGAUUGAAACUAGCCGGAACCAAGGUGUCAUUUUCAAGACUCAUCCGAACAUGAACAAGGAACUAUUUGCAAAUGAAAAUAUUCUGGGCUUGAAGGACCCAAAUAGGCCUUUUCCUACUGGUCAAACUGGUGAUGCUGCUGGAGUUGGUCUUUUGAAGUGGAGAAUGCAAAGUGGAGAUGAGUCAAUGGUGCCACUAAUAAUCAACUGCUGGCCCUCUGUGUCUGGAAAUGAGACAUAUGUCAGCAUUGAAUAUGAAUCUUCGUCCGCCUUUGAUCUGCAGAAUGUGUUAAUCUCAGUUCCUCUUCCAGCUCUAAGAGAGGCACCACGUGUCAGGCAGGUUGAUGGAGAGUGGAGGUUUGAUUCCCGAAAUUCGGUUUUGGAAUGGUCUAUUCUUCUUAUCGAUAAUUCGAACCGCAGUGGAUCAAUGGAGUUCGUUGUACCCCCAGCAGAUGCAUCGGCUUUCUUCCCCAUUUCUGUCCGAUUUUCAGCUGCUAGCACAUACAGUGAUGUGAAGGUUGCCACUGUCAUUCCUCUCAGAGGCGGAGCUCCUCCAAAAUUCUCUCAGAGGACGCAGUUGAUUACGGAGAAUUACCAUGUAGUCUGAUAAGAUUCACUCCGCCUCACCGAGUAAAAUAGUAUUACAAUUUUUUCGGCUUUUAGAUGGUGAUUUCCUCGGUUUUUGGAAGCUGGAGUAGUGAAAAAAAGUGACAUUCAUAUACAAUCCUUAAAGUUUCUUUGUCGAUUUUGAGAUUGAUGAGAUCUGGUCCAUCUUGGUAUCUUGCUUAUAUUUGUUUUGUUUUCGGUUGUACAAAUAGUUAUGUGGUGGUAGGAUUCUCCAUCAUCUUGAGAACAUUGUCAAUUGAGUCGUUCAUAUAUUUUACUAAGAUCAGUAACACUGCUUGUGUAGUCUGAUAAGCUUUAAAA